AUGUUACUUCGAGGCUGUCUGAAUCGCUGGAUAAUAACUUUAUCAUGUUUGUUUACAAUCGUCUCUGCUACCAGCCACCCAGGCCCCUACAUUCCAGAACCGAACCCGUUCGCCGACCCAGCAAAUGACCCAUAUAAUCCCUUCCGAUACAUACCAAACAACACUGUCACGGGUGUCUCUUUAGGAUUAUAUCUAUUGACUGGCCUUACCCUGACGUUUUAUGCCUGGAGAUGGGGAGCGCGAUGGAUGACCGUACUGAUUGUUGGAACUUACACGUUCUCCAUCGGUCUAACGAUGCGUUUCGCAUUGGCAAAUGAUCCUCACAACGAGACGUUCUACAUCAUCGAAUACCUCUUCGUAGUCUUGUCGCCUUGCGCGUUCAUUGCCGCAGAUUAUGUCCUUCUAUCCCAACUGGCGACGUGGCUUGGAGCAGGUGAACAUCUCGUAAUCUCACCAAACAGAGUCACGCUCGUCUUCGUCCUGAGUGACGUGACUACCUUUUGCGUCCAGGCAGCAGGAGGGGGGCUGUCGACCUCCCGUAACCUCGCUACCCUUCUGAAAGGCUCCCAUGUCUUCGUAGGCGGUCUAGCAGCUCAACUCCUCUCCUUCUUCCUUUUCACCAUGAUGUACCUCCGCUUCCUCUAUCGCCUGCGAAAGUACAUGCCCCACCUCUGGCUCAGCACACGGUGGUACAAAGGCUGGAGACUGCUGACCAAUUUCCUACUCGUGAGCUGCGUAGGGAUCCUUAUCAGGUCAUUUUACCGUACUAUCGAGCUCUCCGAAGGCUUCACAGGCUACCUAGCGAUCCACGAAGUGUACUUUUACGCACUCGACACUUACCCGCUAUAUAUCGCCAUUACCGUGUAUGUCAUCCUCUGGCCAGGAUGGGUGUUGACGGAGGACGCGAGGAUGAAAUUGAGCCCCGACGGGGAGGUGAGGUCCGGGGGGGGUUGA